ACGAAAAUAGUAAGAAAAAGCCAGUAGAUAGAUUAGUGGAUAAAUAAAUUUUAUCAGCCUCACUUUUGUAACGAAUAUAUCUCUUGGAAAAUUUAUAUAAGAAAAGGGAAAUGUUAAAUAGCUUGAUUUGACUGGUAUAACCUCAAAAAUCUCAUAAUGGGAAAAGCACUUUCUUUGAUUUCAAAUCCAUUCAAAAACUUUAAUUUAGAAAGUAGAGCGCAUAAGGUUAUAUCGCAGCCCAAGCCAGUGCCUGCCCCUAGGCAUAAAAAGGAUCAGUUAGAUUUUGAACGACUUAUGAAAGAAUACCCUGAAGCCUAUCAAGAAAGCCUGAAGAAAAACGAGCAGCUUGACAAAAAUUUAAGGGACGUUUACGUAACAUCGCACGAUCCGGUAGUUGAGACGAAAACAGAGGCGAACCCAGACAGGCCUCUACCGACUGAUAGGAAGACUGUAGGUAUGUUUCUGUAUGGAGUAAAGGAACCGAAUCAUGUUCCUUUGGGUAAAAUAACUCUAGCCAAUGCCCUGAAAUUUAUAUCGAAACACCAGAACGAACCCCUCGAUUACAAUGCUAAAGCGAUUUCUGCAGAAUACUCAAUACCCAAAAACACAGUUAAAGACAUAUUGAAGCAUUACAGGGUAUUCGAGGUGUACAUACCACAAGAACGGAACACGAAAGCAAAAUUCGCGGGCCCCAGCAUUCCAAAAGUCCAAAUAAUAAAGGAUCUGCGGAAAGAAUUGCCCCCGGGAAACCAAGGAAACGAAAAAACGUGAUGACGCGGGAAGCUCGCUUUUAGGUAAAUCAAUAAUUGUAGACCAGUUACAUUUUUGUAGUUGUAUUACAAAUAAAAUAUAAACGAUACA